AUGAGCACCGUCGGGUCAGCACACAACGUGACGGUUUUAGGGUCGGGCGAGACCACGGUAGUGCUCGGGCACGGGUUCGGGACUGACCAGUCGGUGUGGAAGUACCUUGUACCGCACCUGACCGACGAUUACAGGGUAUUGCUGUACGACAACAUGGGGGCAGGCACCACCGACCCCAACCUCUACGAUUUCGAGCGCUACUCCAGCUUGGAAGGCCAUUCCCAAGACCUCAUCGCUAUCUUGGAGGAGUUCCACGUCACCAAAUGCAUCUUCGUCGGACACUCUCUCUCCUCUAUGGUGGGCGCUGUCUCAUCCAUUUUCCGCCCGGACCUCUUUCGGAAGAUCGUCAUGAUAUCCGCUUGCCCAAGGGUAGCAAACGCAGAUGAUUACUAUGGAGGGUUUGAGGAAGAAGAUGUCAACCAACUGUACGGUGCCAUGGAAGAGAACUUCCAGACGAUGAUGACGGGUUAUGCACCGAUAGUGGUGGGCGGGGACUUGGAGUCGGAGGCCAUGCAGGAGUUCAGUCGCACACUCUUCAACAUGAGGCCCGACAUUGCCUUGAGUAUUUGUCGUAUGAUAUCCGGCUAUGACCUGAGGCCUUACUUGGGCCUCGUCGUCAUCCCCUGCCACAUCAUCCAGAGCUCCAAGGACAAGCUGGUGCCCGUGGCUGUGGCUGAGUAUCUCCACCGGAACUUCGGUGGUAAGUCGGUGGUGGAGUUGAUCCCAACCGAAGGCCAUCUACCGCACCUCAGUGCACCAGAUAUCACUAUCCCAGUACUCGUUCGCCACAUAAAUCAGGAUAUAGCAGAUGAUUGA